CCGGGAAACUUCUCUGAAUUCCUUAUCAAAACGCCAUGAAUUUCAAUAUCAAACUUAUCAAUGUGCUUUUCGGAUAUAUUUUGAUGGAUUAAUUGGAAUUGACGAGCAGAAUUUCUUUGUCUACCAAGAAGAUGACCCAGGAUGUGAUUCACACAACUUCCGGAGGAUAUUUUGGGCACAAAAGGGCUUGUUUUCGCCAAAUACCUCAAGUUAGAUUAUCUGACCGUUGAUCCAUCACAGAUUGUGACGAGUUAAUUCGGCUCCCCUUUUAAUUAACGCCAAUGACGGACCUUAUCGGAUGAUUGAGGAGUGCAUGGGGAGCCUAUAAAAGACACCCGGUGGAUCUCCUGGGCGAGUAUAUACAGUGACACGCGCGAUGGCGCAUUUUGGAUUACUUGUUCUUGGCCUGUGCGUCGGCAUAGGCGUCGCUGAAGGAUUCGGAGGCCGUCCGAUGCCGCAGUCCGGCGACGGGCAGCCGGGAUGCCGCACUCGCGGGGAGUUUGGCCGCUUGUGGCGCAAUCACGAGGACCCCACGAGGUAUUGGGAGUGCGUGGCCUGGGCGCAGGGCGCAGAGGUGAGGCACUGCGCGCCGUACACGCAGUUCCAGGAAGAGUGGCAGACGUGCGUGCCUGAGCACUUGUGGCAGUGGUCUCCGCCAAUGUCGCCGCCCAGCCGUCCCACUGACACCGUGAAUCCCUGCCAGCCGCUCGAUCUGCCCACGCCUUGCCCGCCUUGUCCCGAAGACACCACCACGACGCUCUGUCCGCCCUGUCCGGAGCAGCCGCCAGAAGAGCCGCCGCCGGACAAUCAGUUGUGCGUGGGACCGCCGCCAAGCAACGGCGGACUCUCCUGCACGGUGCCAGUGUGCUCGGCGGACGAGUUUAACAGGAACGUGUUGUUCCCCAGUCGCACGGCCACGCAGUUCUACCAAUGCGCCGGCAUCGGCUUGCCAGUGGCCCGCGCUUGUGCUCCCGGAACGUGCUUCGACUUCGCCCAGCAAGUGUGCGUUCAACCGCAGUUCUGGUCCAACGCCUGCUCGGCGUCUUUCUUCUGAGAAAAAACGCUCGCGGAAGAGCAGAAAAGCUGAUUUCUGAAUAAAUAUC